AUGGCUGCAGGAGCAGAUUCUUGUUUUCUGGGGUUCGAUUUCAGCACGCAACAGCUGAAAGUUGUCGCUGUUGAUGGAAAUCUUGAGGUGAUUCACCAAAACAGCGUCCAGUUCGACAGCGAGCUGCCCGAGUUCAGGACUCAUGGAGGAGUUCAUAUCCACGCAGAUAAACUGACGGUCACGUCUCCAGCGCUCAUGUGGGUGAAGGCGCUGGAUGUUCUUCUGGAGAAAAUGAGAAACACUGGUUUUGAUUUCUCUCGGGUCAAAGCCAUCUCAGGCAGUGGACAGCAACAUGGCAGUGUGUUCUGGAGGAAGGGUGCGAGACGAACCCUGAAUCAGCUGGACCCACAGAAACAUCUACACCAUCAGUUACAGGAGUGUUUUGCGGUGCGGGACAGUCCGGUGUGGAUGGACUCGAGUACUUCAGAUCAGUGUCAGUGUCUGGAGACGGCAGUAGGAGGAGCUCAACGCCUCGCAGACAUCACCGGCUCACGAGCGUACGAGCGCUUCACUGGAAAUCAGAUUGCCAAGAUUUAUCACUCGAAACCGAAGGAGUUCAGUGAGACGGAGAGAAUCUCUCUGAUCAGCAGCUUCGCUUCAUCACUGUUUCUGGGCGAUUACGCUGCGAUCGACUACAGCGACGGCUCGGGGAUGAAUCUGAUGGAUAUAUUUGAGAAGCAGUGGUCCCGGGUUUGUCUGGACGCCGCAGCGCCGCAGUUAGCCGAGCGACUCGGAGACCUGACGCCGUCGACAGCCGUUCUGGGCUGUGUGUCUCUGUAUUACACUGAACGCUAUGGGUUUGCAGAGAGCUGUAACGUGGUGGCCUUCACUGGAGACAAUCCUGGAUCUCUGGCUGGUAUGAGGCUACGGGAAGGAGAUCUAGCGGUGAGUUUGGGCACCAGCGAUACAGUUUUCCUGUGGAUCCGGGGCCCCAGACCCAGCGUCGAGGGCCACAUCUUCUGUAACCCGGUGGACUGCAGCGCACACAUGGCUUUGAUCUGUGUGUCUGUGAGUGAGUGUGUGUGUGUGUGCGCGCGCGUGUCUGUUUCAGGCGUGUAUUUUGAUGUGAUGGAGAUCACUCCUCCCUUCGCCGGUGUUCACAGGUUUAACGCUGAAGGUCAAAGGGUCGCCUCGUUUGAGCACGAGAUGGAAAUCCGAGCUCUGAUUGAAGGACAGUUCCUGGCCAAACGAGUUCAUGCAGAAAAACUGGGCUACAAGAUCAUUGCUGGUACACGAGUGCUGGCCACAGGAGGAGCGUCAUCCAACAAGGACAUUUUACAGGUUCUGUCUGACGUCUUCAGCGCUCCGGUUUACACCAUCGACGUGACAAACUCGGCCUGUCUGGGCUGCGCUUACAGAGCCUUACAUGGUCUGGAGGCAGACGCAGGAGCAUCUUUCACAGAGACGCUCAGAAACGCUCCAGAACCGCAGCUGGCCGUCCGACCCGCGCCGGGAGCGCAAGAGGUUUACACGCCGCUGAUGCUCAGAUACGCAGCGCUGGAGGAUCAGCUUCUCAAAGAUCAUCAGAAAUCACUGCAUCUGCUGUGAGACCUCUUCAUACGGCUGAAUAUAAUACUCACGCAUUAUAUUCAUACAACACGUCUACAUAUCAUUCCUUUGAAUCGUCUUAAAGCUUUAAAAAGUCAGAUUUUAUAAAUAUCAAAAUAUUGUUUUACUAAAAUGGUGUAGUUAUGUAAUAAGUGAUGCUAUUAACUAUUAAAAUAAAUUGCAAUGAAUACAUUUUUGUAGUAAUGCAUUAACAUCUUAACUACAAGUUAAACAUUCAACGUAGGACUAAAAAAUCAAUUUUUUUCCCCGGAUUGAUUUAUGAUGAUUCAUUUUGUUGAAUCUAAUGUCAACGACAUUCGAAGUUUGAGACGAUUCCUUUGAAUCAUUGUUAAAUAGUAUUUAAAAGUAACAUUAUUAAAAUAUUAACUAAAAUCAUAGU